UUCGCCCCUCUUUUUGUUUUCUUAUAAAAAUCAUUUGAAUUUUAUGUUCAUGUUGGUUGAAUUUUGAGAACCCAAGCAGCUAAAGGAGAUGGAAACGGUGGCGCCAGUCCCCGCUGUGGAUUUCAACUUCGACAGCGCAUGUUCGUCUCCAUACAUGACGGCUCCUUCCAGUCCUCAACGCUUUGGCAAUUUCUUCUUUAGUGCUCCGACCAGUCCCACUCAUGUUUCUUCUCUGUUGGUGGAAAAGCCUACGACCAACGAUCCCGAUGAUAAUGGUGAAGAUUUCGAGUUCAACUUCAGUGGGCAAUUAGAACGAGCUUCUUUGUCGGCCGAUGAGCUAUUCGAUGGCGGAAAGAUUCGGCCUUUGAAACCCCAGCCUUGUGUUAAACACUUGUCCAGUGGCGUUUCGUCACCCAAAUCAAAACAACAACAACGUGGGAGAGAAACAAGUUCUUCAGUUCAUAAGAAAAGCAGAUCAUUGUCUCCAUUAAGAGUAUGCGACAUCAUGUUGGAGCAAGAAGAAGAAGAAACUUCAUCGUCAAGUUCCCACAAAACCACCACAAACAACCCUAAGUCUUCUUACGUUUCGUCCAUCCUGUCAAAAGUGAACAGAAAAUGGAAGUUGAAAGACCUUUUGUUGUUCCGGAGUGCAUCGGAAGGGAGAGCAGCAAGUGAAGAUCCUCUAAGAAAAUAUUUUCUUCUGUCGAGGAAAGAGACGGAGGACGUUAGAAACGCAAGUUUCCGGUCAACUGAUAGUAUGGGAUCGGUGUCCAGUUGCCGGAGGAGAGGAGCAAUUUCGGCUCACGAGUUGCAUUACACGGCUAACAGGGCUGUCUCGGAGGAGAUGAAGAGGAAAACUUUUCUACCUUACAAGCAAGGCCUCCUUGGAUGCUUGGGUUUCAAUCAUGGAAUGAACCAAAUUUCCAGGGGCAUUGGGUCUCUGACACGUGCAUGACCUUGAUUUACUCAUCUAUCGCCUCUUUUGUUGAAAUUACAUACAUUUUAUUCUUUUUAUG